AUCAGCGCACCGCGCUUUCAAAAUCGUAUUCUCACUAUCGCACCGAGCAAAACGGGGAAAUAAUUAUAAUACAAUACGAGGGAAAAUCAAAAUUAAUCAUCUCGGUCGACAAACAUGAUAAAACAGACAAACAAGCGAAACUAGAACUUAAACGACAUUAACAUAAGUGUUAAAAUGCAGCAAUGCGCCACGACAUCGAUCACAGUAUUCCCUGAUGCCAAAACUUCCAACAUAUAGUGUCAAAUAUUUACCAUGGAGCCGUUUAUCGAUAGAAACAACUUCGCAGUUAGCGCGAUGGUGACGGUAGCGAUGCAAAUAUUAUUUUUCAUGAUCGCUUCCUUGUCCCAGAGCGACAAAGUGACGGAUUUCACUGGAGGUGCCAAUUUUAUUAUUAUCGCUUUGCUAACAUUCUUCCUCGGCCAGGGAGGGAACAAUUUGAAAAGUUAUGACAGCAGACAGCUGAUGGUGACGGCUUUCAUUUGUUUGUGGGGCGUGAGACUGUCCGGAUACCUUAUAUAUAGGAUAUACCACAUCGGCAGAGACAAACAGUUCGAGGAUCGCAAAAGUAACACGUUAAGGUUCGCCGUCUUCUACACAUUUCAAGCCGUAUGGGUCUACAUCGUCAGUUUGCCAGUGAUUAUAAUAAAUUCUUCGCAUCAUUCUUACCCUAAGGCGCCGAAAACUAUGACAACAUUGGAUUCAGCUGGCGCAGGUGUAUUCGUGUGCGGUUUGUUGAUAGAAACGUAUGCUGAUCUGCAGAAAUUCGCGUUCCGCCAAGAACCAGCCAAUCAAGGGAAGUGGUGCAACGACGGGCUGUGGGGCCUCUCGAGGCACCCCAACUAUUUCGGCGAAGUAGUCCUCUGGUGGGGCAUAUUUAUAAUUUCGCUCAAUGUUAUCGAAGGUAUCGAGUUCAUUGCAAUAUUAUCGCCUUUGUUCACGAUGGCCAUUAUAUUGUUCUUAUCAGGAAUACCGUUGCUCGAACGAUCGGCGGAUGAAAAGUAUAGAGAUAACCCAGAUUAUUUAUAUUAUAAGGCGUCUACGUCACCCUUUAUACCGAUACCGCCCUCGUUUUACGUGGAAGUGCCAAAAUUCCUUAAAUUUGUGAUGUGCUGUGAGUUUCCGAUCUACGACUAUACGCGGGAGGAGUUCGCGGCGCCCACGAUCGUCACCGAGACCACGAGCAUAUCGAUGGUGCAGUCUCAGACAUAGCUACUAAGCGCCGCACGUGACAGCGUUGCGGCAAAAGAAACAAACAAUCCGAAGAGUCAGAACCCUCACAAGAAUUUGUGAUACACGGCCGAGGAGCGCCCUCCGAAAAAAUUGCCAAAUUCAUUGCCACUGAAACAAAGUAAUACGUUAGAUAUGAAUCGUUACAAUACAUAUAUGGAUAACUUGCGAAAGAGCAAGAAACUUGCGUUAGAUUUAAUAGAUGAUACUAAAGAUAUUAUAAUUGAAGAAGACGAAGCUCCUAUUAAAAAUAUAAGAUUAAGAUCACCAUCAGAUGAUCUAGAAUUAAAUAAGCCUAGUACUAGUAGAACCGAACGACCUACGGAAUACGUUAAAUAUGGUAAAAUCACAUUUAAUACAACAGCAAUUUUACAUCAUUAUCCACAAAUGAACAAAACAGAGAAUCAUGUGCACAACACAAAGAAAUUGAAUUGUAACUCAGAUAAAAUAAAAAUAGAUAAUAACAAUAUAUCUGAACCUGAUAAAGCAGAAACUAAAAUAACGAUAAACAAUAUUGAAUGUAACGCGAAUAAUAAUGAUUCUAUAAUUAGAGUAAAUAGCGUAAGUGACGUUGAACCAUUAGAUGUAUUGAAGAAGCCGGGUAAAUUUACUGAAGAGAAGCUUGUAUGAGGGUUGGCCACUUUUAGUCUUCA